AUGUCAACGUUUUUAUAUAUAAUGUUUUUUCUAUGGACAUUUAAUGACCUACAAUCAAUUUUUUAUGACACCGAUCAAUUUGGAUUUGAUUGUUUGCAUUAUUUUUCAACUGAAUCAGAAUUUUCUGAAAUAGUGAAAUAUUGUAUUCGUCCCAAAAAUGACACGAACUCGAUAGUGGCUGAAAUUUUCAAUAUAUCUGAUAAUUAUUUAAGUUUCGAUGAAUUAUACCGUUUGAAUAUAACAUCACAUGAAAUUCUCAUGUGGUCAUCAUCAAUUGAUUUGGCUGAACGCUAUCAAUAUUAUCUUGAUCGAGCAACUCAAUCUAAUCUAUCAAAUGAAAAAUUCUUUAAUUGUACACAGCCAUGGUUUGGAUCACGAUGUCAAUAUUCAUUCGAAUUUAAUAAAGAUAGAUUAGUGCAAAAUUCUUUUGAAAUAGCUUUAACCGAUGAUAUAUUUCACCGAACGUGUUACAUUCUUUUGGAAUGUGAUCGUGGAGGAUCAUCAAUGUGUCUUGAUUGGCGUGAGAUAUGCAAUGGUCGAAUUGAUUGUCUUAAUGGUGGUGUUGAUGAAAUUCAAUGUUUCAAUUUAGAAAUUAAUGAAUGCAAUGAAAAUGAAUAUCGAUGCCAUAAUGGAUUGUGUAUUCCAAAAAUGUUUUUGGAAAUGGAGUUUCCUGAAUCACAAUGUCUUGAUAGAUCAGAUUAUUUAGUUAAAACCUCUUUGUGUCUAAGAUUUUAUUUCAAUUUCAAUCUUUUUGAAUGUCAAGAAUUUAUUUGUCGACCUGAUGAAGGUAAAUUUUCGUGUGGCGAUGGACAAUGUGUAGAAGAUUAUGGUCAAUGUAAAAAUAAUCGGCAUCUUUCAUUAGUUCAAUCAAUUAGUGUUAGAGGGAACUUAUCCUACAACUGUUGGAUAAGUAUAGUUUGUCUUACGAAAAUUAUGGACAAAAUUGAGAAUAUAUCAUGUGAUGAAUUCAUUCAAUCUUUUGAGAUUAUCGAACAAUUAAAAAGCUGCAAGUUUCCUCUUCAAUUUCCGAUUAUUCCGGUACUUUAUGGUCAUGUAAGAUUUUUAUAUAAUUCAAAAGAGAUUGACAAUAUUAAUGUCGCAUUAUCUCUCAAACCUGAUUAUAUUUGUUAUGAUGAACAAUUAUGUGAUUUUCUCACACCCACGUUUCGUCAUGGAACCUUGACUUGUCGCACUAGUGAUCAAAUGAAUUUUACGAUGAAUUCUGCAUUGACUACUUGGAAAUCAAUUAUCGAUUCAAUUAAACCAUACUUUGAUGGUUGUAUUACUCAACAUCAUCAUAUCAGCGAUUCUCAUCAUUCAUCAUUAUAUCAUUGUAAGAAUUCGUCGAAAUAUAUUUCUAAACAUCGAAUUGUUGACAAUAUAUCAGAUUGUUUCUUGAAAGAUGAUGAACAAGCAUUUGAAUUAAGUUGUUCAUUAAAUCAAACCUCUCGAUUUCAAUGUCCAAACGAGAAACAGUGUCGAUCACCUUUAUUCCCAAAAAGUAUCUGCUCUUUUCCAGUACAGAUAAAUUAUGAUGAUAUUCCAUUUUAUAAAAUAUGUGAUCGAAUCAUGGAUUCGCCCAUGGUGUUGAUUGAUGGACGAAAUCAUUCCGAUGAAACUGACUGCGAAGAUUGGCAAUGCAAUAAUAUCUACACACGAUGUGAUGGUUUUCGAAAUUGUCUUAAUGACGAAGAUGAAGGAAAUUGUAAAAAUGCAAUUAGUUCAGAGCAUUUUCUUCUCUGUAUAUCGUUGCAAAAUUAUGCAUUCAUGUGUUUACCAGCCGAUCAAGUCACUAAUGGAAUCGUCAGUUGUUUUGUAGCAUCAUCUGAUAAAUUUCAAAAUCGCCAGGUGAACAAUACUACUUUGGAAACAUAUAGAUUUCGUUGUUGGAAUGACACAAAAUGUAGAGAACAGGAAGAUCUUUGCAAUGAAAACGAAGAUUGUCCAAUGUAUGAUAACGAACUAUUUUGUGAUAAUCAUCCACAAUUAUGUAAUGACUCUGAUUUCGACAAUCUUAUCGAUAUGCAAUAUAUUUCAUGUCAGGUUAUUAAUACACGUUAUAUACCUUUUUCAUUAGAAACUGCAUUAAUCUAUCCGCCAGUAUAUACGAUUUCGAAUAAUCCAACUGAGAAUCCGACUAAUAAUAAAAUGAUAGAAUCGCCAUUAGUCAAGAGUUUUUCACACCCUAAAAUCUGUAAUUUUGGUUUAUACGUUUACUAUCGACUUAGAGUCAAUAAUUACAGUAGUAUAUGUUUUUGUCCUCCGAAUUAUUAUGGUGAUCGAUGUCAAUAUCAAAAUCAACGUGUCAGUCUUACCUUAACAUUGGCAACUGUUGAACAGCCAAUUAUUUAUGCUAUUGUUGUUAUGCUGCUUGAAGAUGACAACGAUCGACAAGAAAUUCAUUCGUAUCAUCAAUUCACUUAUGUACCAUUAGAACAUUGUGGUAAAUUUGUGAAUUUCUAUCUAUUAUAUUCGAAGCGUGGAAAGAAUAAUUCAAAAAACUACAGUAUUCGUAUUGAUGCAUUCUAUAAAGACUCAUUGUCACAUCUAAUAAGUUGGCAUUUAACGAUUCCAUUCGUAUUUUUGCCAGUUAAUCGGAUAAGUGCUUUUUUAACUCUUCCGAUUUCUCGAAAGUUCGAUCCUAAACACUGUACCCUUCAAUGCUAUAAAGGUACUUGUAUGAAGUAUCAUAAUGAGGAACGAUUCUUCUGUCAAUGUAAUUCAGGUUGGUCCGGUGCACAAUGUCACAUUCCAGUCGAUUGUAGUAUGUGUGCAUCAAAUUCGAUUUGUAUCGGUUCGAUUCGAAAUCGAUCAAUUUGUGUCUGUCCUUACGGAAAAUUUGGUUCUUCUUGUCGUCUUCAACUAGUAUGUCCAAUAGGAUUCUGCAAAAAUAAUGGUCGUUGUAUAAUGAUCGAUGAGAGAAUGGUUGAUGCAAGCUAUAGGUGCUUUUGUUCGGAACAAUUUCAUGGAUUAAGAUGCGAAAAUGUGAAAUAUAGAAUAGAUGUUUCCCUUAAAAAUAUCGAAACUCCAUUGUAUUUACUCAUCUAUAUUUACACUGAGAUUAGUUUCGAACGAUUACCACCAAGAUUUGUUAUACUCCGAAAAAUGACUAUGUUUCAAAGUGAUAUCACCUUGUACUCUCAAGCUCAGUUCCGAAUGGUUAUUGUCAAGAUUGAUAAUCGUUAUUAUUUGGCUGUACUUCGAAAAAUUGUAUCAUCCAACAUAGUAACCUCCAUCAGUCCCACCCAACGAUGUGUUGGAAUUCAUGAACUUUUGCCUACUAAAUUACUCUUAUUGCCACGAAUUCAACGAUUGAAAAGCUAUCAUAUUCCAUGCCAAGCUCAUGUUAAUUUACAAUGUUUUGUCGAUGAAUUCUAUAUGUGUCUGUGUACGGAAGAUCGUCAUAGUAACUGUUUUCCGUUAGAACAUCAACAGACUUUUGCCUGUGAAGAUGAUGUUUAUUGCGAGAAUGGUGGAACAUGUUUACAAGACCAACGUAUAUGUUUUCUUAAUAUUCUAUGUGUAUGUGCUGAUUGUUUCUUUGGUAAUCGAUGUCAAUUUUAUGCCAAAGGUAUUGGACUGACAUUAGAUGAUUUUUUACGUUAUGAAAUUCGACCUAAUAAUACAUUAAAUGAUCAACCACUGGUUAUUAAGUUGAGUGCAGUUACUGUUAUGAUUUUAUUUCUAAUUGGUUUAUUGAAUAGUUUCUUUGGUUAUUUAGUUUUUCAUAAUCGUAAUUGUCGAAAAGUUGCUUCGGGAAUUUAUCUUCGAUUAUCAUCAAUUAUUUCUACACUUGUUGUUAGUAUGUUAAUUAUUAGAUUUUGGUUUGUAACAUAUACAUAUAUGAAUUCAUCGAUUAAUCGAAAAAUUCUUCAAAUUGGAUGUUUAUUAUUUGAACCAAUGCUUCGUUUUUUCCUACAUAUGAGUAAUUGGCUUAAUACUUGUGUAGGUAUUGAUAGAGCAAUGGCAGUUUUUCAAGGAACUAAUUUUAAUAAGAAAAGAAGUCGAUGUAUUGCACGAUGGAUUAUUUGUCUUUUACCAUUUCUUAUUUUAAGUUCAAUGAUUUAUGAAUUUAUUAAUCGUGAUCUGUUUGAUGAUUAUGAAGAACGACGUGUUUGGUGUGUAGUUCGUUAUUCUAAAUCAAUUGAACUAUAUACGAAUAUUGUUCAAUAUUUUCAUUUUAUUGCUCCGUUUUUAGCGAAUUUAAUUUCAGCUAUUUUUAUUAUUGUAUAUAUAACUCGUCUAAAAACGACUGUUCAAUCUCAAUUUAGUUCUCAACAACAAUUACUCAAUCAAAUCAACCAGCACAAACAACUUGUUAUCAGUCCUAUUAUCUUAGCUAUCCUAUUAUUUCCUCGUUUUCUCAUUUCAUUAUUAUCAACAUGUAUUAAAUCAUCUCAAAAUCCUUGGUUGUAUCUUUUCGGUUAUUUUGUUUCAUUCAUUCCAUCAUCGUUUAUCUUCGUCAUAUUUGUUUUACCAUCGACUUUCUAUAGGAAAGAAUUCAUAAAAACAAUUACUACUUGGCGACAACGACUUAUGAGAGCUAUUAGAGCUUGGCAGUAA